AUGGUCGAUCAGCUUAUGGAAAUGCGCGGUUUUUCCAAUCCAUUUAUUUCAGCUCUCUCAACUACCCCUGCGUCUCCCAUUUCGCAGUUGGAGAUCGAGCUCAGCAAGCUGGCCGAUGAUAUAGCUUCUCUCCAGAAGCCGGCAGUUUCUUCCUCAUCUCGGAGCCAACCGAAGCCGUCCACCCCGCAUGUCCAGUCUUCACAUUUGGCCCGUCCAAAGACAGCCGUCACCUGCUGGUACCGCACCACCUUCGGUGCUAAAGCCCAUCGCUGCAUUUGUCUCUGUUCCUUCACCUUCAAACAAAGCAAACGGGUAAAACCGGUCAGCCGGAAGGUCAGUGCAGUCAAUCUUCCCGACAGCUCUAACCCUGGUCGCACAUUUUACGUCCGCGACACCCGGAGUGGCAGACAUUUCUUGGUUGACACUGGUGCCCAGAAAAGUGUCAUUCCACCCACAUCAGCUGAUCGUCUGUGCCCCAAUCCCGGUCUUUUCCUGCAGGCCGUCAACACAUCGCCAAGCACCACCUUUGACACCUGCUCCCUCUAUCUGGACAUCGGUCUCCAAGUGUCUUUUCCCUUGGGUCUUCGUCGUUGCUGACAUUCCCUGUGCCAUUCUCAGUGCAGAUUUCCUCGCCGCUUUGCGAUCUUCUGGUCGACUGCCUUCAGUCACGUCUACACUACAAGACCACCAAUCUCACUGUCCAGAGUAUAUCUUCCUCCGAUGCUUCUCGUCAACUCGCCGUCUUGGACCCCGAACCCGAGAAUCCAUACCGGCAACUUCUUGCUAAAUACAUCGGCCUCACUCGCCCCAACUUCAGCGCUUCUGUUCCACCACACGACGUUGUUCACCACAUCCGGACCACUGGCCCUCCUGUAUUUUCUCGGCCCCGCCGUCUCGCGCCUGCACGUCCUGCUGCCGCCAAGGCCGAGUUCGAGCACAGGCUUCAGAUGGACAUCAUCCGUCAGUCUAAAAGCCAAUGGGCCUCGCCCCUCUACAUGGUCCUAAAGGUCGACACUGGUGACUGGCGUCCCUGCGAUGAUUACAGGGCCCUGAACAACAUUACCGUCCCGGAUCGCUUCCCUGUCCAACAUCUUCAGGAUUUUGCCGGUGCCCUAUUCGGAAAAUCUGUAUUCUCGAACAUCGAUGUGGUCCGUGCUUUCCACCAAAUUCCCAUAGCUCCAGAGGACGAUUCGAAGGCGGCUGUCACCACACCCUUUGGCCUCCUUUAGUUCCUGUGCAUGCUGUUUGGACUGCGUAACGCCUCCCAGACCUUCCAAAGGUUCGUAGACAGAGUGCUUCUGGGCCUACCAUUUGUCUACGCCUAUAUCGACGACCCUCUGGUAGCUAGCUACAUGGCCGAAGAAGAAAUGGAGAAUCUGGCAAAGAUGUUUGACCGCCUUAAAAAAUUUGGCGUUGUUCUUAACCCGUCCAAGUGUGUCUUCGGUGUUUCUUCCCUAGAAUUUCUCGGUCAUCUGGGCGACUCAUACGGCAUACAUCCUCUUCCCUCGAAGUUUGCGGCCAUCCGUGGUUUCCCUCGCCCCUCCUCCAAACGUCAGCUGCAGCGAUUUCUGGGUAUGGUCAGCUUUUACUGCCGGUUCCUCCUGCACUGCGCCCACACCAUCCUGCCGCUCUCGAGCCUCCUCUCUGGCCGCAAACGUUAGUCUGAGCUGUCUGCAGACGCCCUCACUGCUUUUGACAGGGUGAAGGCUGCUCUGGCCGACGUUACUCUCCUGACGCAUUUUUCUUCGGAUGCUCCCUUCCUCCUUAUGGCUGACGCCUCCAAUGCUACAGUAAGCGCGGUUUCUCAGCAGCAUCUUUCAGGUCGCACCUAACCCUUAGCUUUCUCCUCCAGGAAGUUAUCACCUGCCGAGACGCGCUAUAGCAUAUUUAGACGUGAGCUCCUUGCUGCCUUCCUCGCCGUGAAACAAUUCCGGCAUUUCCUUGAGGGCAGGGACUUCACUGUGUUCAUGGAUCACAAACCCCUUUCGUUCGCUCUCAAGUCCACGCCUCGUAAGCGCAACCCUCGGGGAAAUUCGCCAACUGGACUACAUCUCACAGUUUAUAUCAGACAUCAGCCACAUCGACGGGUCAUGCAAUGAGGCGGCUGACGCACUGUCCAGGCCCUCCAUCGCACAUCACCAACUUUCUCCCGGGAUCGACCUAGCUGAUAUGGCUGCCGAACAACGCCGUGUUGGUUCUCCCUGUGAUGAGGACGUUUCCGGACUCCAACUCCAGGACCUGCCACUGACUACUGGCAACGGCAUCAUUCUAUGCGACGUCUCCACCACUUUCCAGCGUCCCUUUGAGCCGCCAUCCCUCCGCCAUAAAGUCUUCUCCCUGCACUAUCUUUCUCACCCUGGGGGUCGAGCUACCGACAAGCUGAUUUCCGACCGCUUCGUCUGGCCUGGAAUGCACAAGGACUUCAAAGCAUGGACACGGGCGUGUCCCGGCUGUCAACGGAAUAAGGUCCAACGGAACAACGAAGCUCCCAUUGGCACCAUCCCUAUUUCGGACGUACGGUUCAGUCAUGUUCACCUGGACAUCGUAGGUCCUCUGCCUCUGCCCAAUGGCUGUUCCUAUCACCUUACCUGCGUGGAUCGAUUUACCUGGUGAUCGGAAUCUAUUCCCCCGCCUGAUGUCGCUGCUCCAACGGUCGUCAAGGCUUUCCUCAGUCAUUGGGUUGCCAUUUUCGGUGCGCCAUCCACUAUCAAGACUGACCACAGUGCCCAAUUUGAAUCUAACCUUUUCCAGUCUCUUCUCUCUUUUUUAGGCUGUGCUCGCAUUUGCACUACAGCCUAUCAUCCGGCAGCCAACGGGAUGGUCGAGCGGUUUCACCGCCAGCUGAAGGCCUCCUUACGCACCGAAGACGAUCCGGAGAACUGGACAGACCCCCUCCCCCUAGUCCUGCUGGGAUUCGCUCCUCCCUCAAGUCGGAUCUUAACUGUUCUGCUGCUGAACUUGUGUUAGGUGCCACCAUCCGACUUCACCGUCAGAUGAUCUCGCCUAUUCCGCGAUUUUCAGUUGAGGAUCCUACAAAUCUUCUGCAUCGCCUCCGACAAUUCAUGUGA